CGGCAAAACUAAACCACAACCACGAAAUCCCCCAAUUUAACCGAGUUUUGAAAAUUUGCCACUCUGCCGGUCUCUUCUUCUGCUUCAAUGGCUUCCUCUUUCUCACUCCAUCAACAUAUCCAUUGUUUUUCUCCAACUCCUACUACUCUUGGUUUCACCAAAUGCCCGCUUCAUAUCUCCACUCUUCUUCCUACACCAUCUUCCCGCAACAAUUUCCUCGAAUUCGAUUCUCGUACAAGAACAGUGCCUUUUGCUGUUACAGAAUCAGAUUCCUCUAAAUCUCUCGAACCAGACCCUCAAAUUCUUCUGCAAGACGUUGCCGACAGUUUUGUGCUACCUGCAGAUUAUUUUUCCCUGCUUCCUCGUGAUCUUCGCUUAGAUCUGAACGAUGCAGCAUUUGAUCUUUCAAGUGGGCCAAUUAAAGUUGAGUGUGGCGAGGAGGUGGGAGAGACAUUGUUAAAUAUAAGCCGGGCAUGGGAACGGGCUGAUACAUCAACAUCCACAGCUUUGGUGAACAAGCUGCCUCUAUUGGUUGGCUCAUUGUCAGGCUAUCAAAAAGCAGCACUUGGAAGGCGCUUGUUAUCAGCUGGAAGAAGGUUCCAGUCCAUGGGACAAUAUGGAGAAGGUGAAGUACAGAAGAUUGCUAAAGUAAUGAUAAAGACUGGGAGCGUGUUGUCUGCAAGUCCAGUAUCUGGGAUUACUGGCGAAGAACCUAAGCCGCAAACCAGGACAUUUAAGUUUGGGGAGCUUCAGGUUGAAUUGACCCCAGGAAAAGCUUACGUUGGAGCUGGCAUUGCAUUUAUCUUUGGUUUACUUUCUUGGAAAUUAAGUCAAGGCGUAGAGAGCAUACAAGAGAGCUCCUUACAGUAUGCAAAUGACAAUGCUUUGUUGCUUGCUAAGUCCCUGCGAGGAGUUCUGCUUGUAAUGUCCUAUUCAUCAACCCUUUUAUCUGCUUUUGCUACGGUGGGACUUAUCUUACUUGGGGGCCAACUUAAGUCGGAAGAUAAGUGAAAAUGUUCUAGUUCUCGUAUACAUUUAGCAGUACAACUCGAAAUUGAACAAGAUUGUAGCUGUAAGGGCAGCAAUUAUCAGGCUAGAGAAUGCACCACUCAUUUCAGGUGAACGAUCCUCGAGAUACCUUCAUGCGACACUUUCCAUACACCUGUGCAAGAUUCCAAUUCUUUUUCGAUGAUCGUUUGUUUACAUCUAUGAAAGGAUGUCAUACUACUGUCUGUGUGGCAUGUUGAUUUUCUUGCUUAUCUAUCAAAAGAACACUAUCCUAUAUGACAUGCAAUGAACUUAUCUGAUUGGUUUAGCUUUUCUUUUAGUCCAAUCCUGUGAACUGUUCAUCUUGGUUUGUACUUUUGCUUUUAUAAAGGAGUAAAAAUUAUUAGUUCGAGCCAGAGGAUUGUCUCCACCCUCUUGUAUUUCCUUUUACCGUUCUAAGCGGCUUUGUGGCUCUUGUACCUACUCAAUGUUGAAAGUGUAUGUAUUUCACUUGCACUUUUUCAGUUUGUAAUAUGGUUUCGAUUUUGGAUUGCCAUUCCUUUAUAGAAAUCACAGGGUAUUUCAUCA